AUGCCCGAAGCAGCAGUCAAGGCCGGCGGCGGUGCUGGCGCGAAGCAGCGCGCCAUCACAGUCGUCGACGAGCACGUCCUCACCCACCUCCGCACCAUCUACAACGCCCACGCGAGCGCAAACCCAGACAAGAAAUGGACGUCCACAGACAUUGCAUCGUUCCUCACCAACAUUCAAGGACACGACCCGUCCGAGACACUCCACCCCCAGACAGGCGACUUUGACUUCAACCAAUUCCUCGAAUACAUGACCUCCCCCCGCAGCAAGAUCACCAAGGACCCGCCUCCCACCGACCUCAGCUGGCCUCUGUCCAGUUACUUCAUCUCCUCAUCACACAACACCUAUCUCUCAGGGAACCAGCUGUCAAGCGAUAGUACAACUGAGAGCUACACCAACGUCCUGCUACGCGGAUGUCGAUGCGUAGAGGUCGACGUGUGGGAUGGCGAUGAUUCCGACUCAGAUAUGAGUAGUUCUGAUGAGGAGGAGCGGGCAAGGGCCUCGUCGUUACGCAAGAAGGAAUCGCAAAAGGGCGGCCUAAGCCGCUUUAGCUCCAUCAAGAAGCGGCUGCCAGGCUCGCUGUCUGCAAGACUGGAAAAGACAAGCAUCGGAAAGCGCCUAGAGGAUCGCGAGGCCAAGAAGGAGGGUGCGGCAGCGGUAAAUGACGAAGCCGAAACCACAGCGCCUCGCGCAUCGAUGCAGGAGGACGUGCUCGAAGUGGCCGUGGUCGAGCCAAGAGUGCUGCACGGAUAUACCCUCACAAAGGAGAUCACCUUUCGCGACGUUUGUGUGGCGAUUCGGGACAGCGCCUUCCAGGUGACGGACACGCCGCUCAUCGUCAGUCUCGAGGUGCACUGCUCGCCAGCGCAGCAGGCCAUCAUGGUCAGCAUUAUCAAGGAGAUCUGGGCCGACUACCUCGUCCCGGAACCAGAGUCCGAGCCGGACGUGCUGCCGUCCCCUGAGCAGCUCAAGUCCAAGAUCCUCGUCAAGGUCAAGUUUGCCGCUCCAGGUUCCUCUCCAGAACGCUCGGAAAGCGGCGGCGACGAUGACGACGACCGACUGCCAGCUGAAGACAAGAAGAACAAGAAGCCCUCCAAGAUCAUACAAGAACUUUCUCGUUUGGGCGUCUACACGCGGGGCAUAUCCUUCAAGGACUUCACCCAACCCGAAGCCACCAUGCCUACACACAUCUUCUCCCUUUCCGAGAAGAAGUUCCUCGAUAACCACGAGAACAGGAGCGUCGAGUUGUGGGAGCACAACAAGAGGUACUUGAUGAGGACGUAUCCAAAGGGAACAAGAAUCACUUCGUCGAACCUGAACCCGGCGCCGUUUUGGGGCUCCGGAUCCCAGGUCGUAGCAUUGAACUGGCAGCAAGUUGAUGAAGGCACCAUGCUAAACGAGGGCAUGUUUGCGGGCACGGGCGGAUACGUUCUCAAGCCAGAAGGCUAUCGCCAGGACCUGCCAGAUCGCCCCCAGAAAGCCAUCGCCACCAAGACGCUCAAGUCUCUGAGCAUCACGUUCCUCGCCGCCCAGCGCAUCCCCAUUCCUGCCGACGACAAAUCCGCCAAGGGCUUCGAGCCGUACGUCAAGGUCGAGCUGCACGUCGAUGGCUCCGAGGGCCAACGGGGUGGCCACAUUGCCAACGGCGGCCACGAGCGCGAGGGCGAGUACAAGGCACGCACCAAGACCCACGAGGGCGUCAACAUUGAUCUCAAGGGCGAAGUGGUCAAGUUCUCCGAGAUCAGCGGUCUUGUGGAGGAGCUGACCUUUGUGCGCUUCACCGUCCGAGACGACGAGAUUGUGCGUGACGACCUGGCUGCCUGGUGCUGUGUGCGGCUGGACAGGCUAGGCGAGGGGUAUCGCUUCGUCCACCUGUUGAACUCCAAGGCCGACUUGACGGAGGGUGUCAUCUUGGUCAAGGUGGAGAAGACGAUGGUGUAA